UGGCUGAGAACUUUUGAUGUACAUACAAAAAAUCGAGCUGUAGUGUGGUGCAAAAAUAUUGAUUAAUUAAUAUCUGUAGUAAGGCAGAUAUAUUUGUUUGUAAGAAGACAUGACCGAUCAGCGGGGGACUAGAGUGUAUGUGGGUAACUUGACUGAUAAGGUUAAAAAAGACGAUCUGGAAGGCGAGUUUACAAAGUAUGGCAAACUGAAUUCAGUUUGGAUUGCAUUCAAUCCACCCGGUUUUGCCUUUGUCGAGUUCGAGCAUCGUGACGAUGCCGAAAAGGCGUGUGACAUUUUAAACGGCUCCGAAUUGUUGGGCUCGCAAUUGCGCGUUGAAAUCUCCAAGGGGCGUCCGCGUCAGGGCCGGCGAGGUGGACCCGGCGACAGAGGACGUCGCGGCGAUGUGGGCAGACACAGUAUAACAAACAGCAGCAGCAGCAGCAGCGGCGGUGGCUACAGACAACAGCGCGGCUCGACCAGUUCCAGCAGUCGCCAUUUGGAUCGCGGCUACAGUUCAGGUCGCUCCAGCGCUGGCUAUGGCGGCACUUCCAGGGAUGGUGGCAGCAACGGAUUCAAUCGACGCGACGUCUACAGUGGAGCGCGGGAGAGCAGUCGCUACGGCGGUGGUAGCGGCUCCAACUAUGGUCGAAACAGCGGUGGACAAGGCGGACGCUAUCGGUCCCGGUCCCCGGCGAUUUAUCCUCGGAUUUAUUAAAUCAACCAACCUCAAUUUUGAAGCUGCUAAUGCAAACAAACAAGAAUAUAUUAAAAUGUCUGCGCUGAUACUGAUUCGAUCCAGUUUACCAUAAGCAAUCAUUGCUAAUAUGUACAUACUUACAUAUAUUAAACACAAAUAUUAACAUUUGGUUUCUAAUCAAUAAGGGAAUUUGAUCUUUUAAAACAUAUGUAUUUAUAUUUGCUAGGACAUCGGCUUUUGGGGAAAAAACAAACAAUCACCACACAACAACAACAAAAAAAAACAAGCAAACGAAUCAUGUACUAUUUAUUUAACUUACAAAAAUUUGCAUCAAACGAAAAUUUUGAUUUUAAAACGAUAAACAUUCAAAUUUAAGAACUAAAUUAGCCAACUAUUACAAAUAAUUAAGAUACAUAUAUAUUAAAAAAACACAGUACGGACUAAGUUUAUUGAAAACCUAGAAUACAUAAAUCUAAUAAAAUGUCAGAAUCGUAAUUUGUAUUUACGUAUUUGCUGUAGUUGGUUUCUAAAUUUACAAGGGUUUACCUAUUACUAUUGUAUAUGUUUUGGCAUUAUUUAUUUAAAUUUUACAAUAAUUGGACAGAUAUUAUAGAAACAGAUACAUAUGUAUGUGUUCAGAAACCUAAUAACUAACAAUUUAAAACACAUAGUCAUUCAUUACAUUGGAUAAUUCUCACAGGCUUACAAAAUCAUGUUGUAAAACUAAAUCGGGAAAAAGAAGUGAGUCAAGUCAAGUUAAUACAUAUGUAAUUAUGUGCAGAACUGCCGGGAGCAACUAUUCCCAAUGUAAUAGCUAUUGCCUUGGACUGGUGAAUGGUAGCUAGUCAAUUCACUAGACCACUAGUAUUUUCGGAGUAUGUAAGUGAAAAUUCAGCAAUAAUUAAAUUAUAAUAAUUAAUGAAAAACGAAUGUUAUUCACACCAGUUAUUAUUAGAAGGAACAAAUUAUUAGGAAAAAAGGUAUUUGUAUCGUCGCCAGAUUGCAAGCUGCGCUCUAUGGAAAAUAAUAGUUAAAUCUUCUACAAUUUUCAGGGCAUGGAAAUUGCAUAAUAAAAAUCAAGCAUAUUA